UCUUGUACAUGGUAUGUGAUGAUAUUUGAGAUAGAGAUUGAAAUAUUGAUUUCGCUCGACAGAAAGGAUAAAACUGAAAAAGUUUUUAGGUAACCAUUAAUCGUUAAUAUAAAAACAGAUGUGGUUUCUGUUAAAAUAGCUCCACAAACUAAUUAUUGAAAAUGGUUAUGGAAUCGAAAACAACUAGCAAAACAAGCUGUCUAAAAGCCCUAUUGCUUCGUGCUUGGAGAGAAAGAUGGACUGAUUUACAAUGGGGCAUAAACAUUAAAACAGUAUUACCCCGAGGCGUAAGUGGGGACGUGUAUAAUUUAGCCGAUUGCAUCCUGCAACAGGCAGUAGUGGGUGCCGGUGCAAACCAAUUAGUCUUAAGUUACUUGCGACAUUCUUUAAGUGCUCAGCUAGUAUCUCACGCCGCUGUAUUACAAAGACUCAGCAAAUACAGUCAACUGAGCAAGGUACACUGUGUUUUUAGUUUAUUAGAAUUUUUAGAAGGAAUGUUGCCUGGAGUUACGUGUUGUGGAAAGCCAGAAGAAACGGUACUUGCCACGGCAGUGUUAUCGGUUGCUUUGUGGCUACUAAACAUAUUACAGCAGUGUCAGUCCACUCCUUCGUUGAUUCAAAAAGCUAUCGAGUUGUUACGAGUGUUACUUACCGAUGACUUUUAUGUAUCGAUGAUGUGCUUAGCACGCUAUAAUGAUACAGAUCUAUUUAAUGAAACUAGUAGAAAAUGCAUGGAAAUCGAAGCUACUCUAACAGAAACUGAAGAAUUACACAAAUAUGUUCGAAAACUCGGCAGUAUAGGCAUAAACAUGCUAUGUUUGCCGGUGAACAGUGAAAAAUGGCCAGGUUCUCUGAUCCAGUGUUGGCUGGAAGUGAAACUUAUAGGAAAUCCUGGAAGUUCCACAUCAGUCCUCGCAGAACAACUUCAAGUAUUUCAAAGACUGAAGGGGUUCAGCGACGCUAGACUUUACGCAGAAUUGAUGCGUGGCAGUCUCUUAGCUCUAUAUAACGUCAGCCAAACCUCUCACGAGAGUCAGUGGGGCGCUUUUGCCUUCCUAAAGGUGCCACAUAUUCUACUAGAAUUAGCUGGAAAGUCUGAUAACAUGAGCGUGGUGAAUGCUGUAGAGCUGAUGCUGCAACAUAGUCCCCUAUUGGACGCUAUGGAUGCUAAUAGUUCCUGCUCCAGUCUGAAGUGUCUAUUGGACGAACUUGCUAAGAUAAGGCUUUUAAACGAGCUGCAGGUCAAGCAUUUGCUUGAGAAAAGGAAAGCUCCACCUCCUGUGAAGUUAGAUACCGCUCCCGCCUCGACUGGGAUACCCAAGGCUAUUAUUUUUGCCGAAUCCACCAUAGCCGGUAUCUUGAAGACACUUUCUACUGAUUACCACAAAAUCCAGGACGCUUUACUUGGCAUGUUACACCAAGUUCUGACGGGUAAAAGCUUCGAGUUGAUUCUAGCCGUCGCCACGGUCCAGGGGCAACUUCGCACCCUGGUCAGCAGGCUUAUACGCUUCAACGAAUGUUCCAAAUCCGGUGGAGACAAGGCCAGGUCUCAACUCUUCGACAUUACGUUUCUCAUGCUCGUAGCUAUAGUUCAAAAUUACGGGGCCUCUGCAGUUUUGGAUCCCGACGGCGAUACUUUAUUUGAACAGUGGGUGCGCUCCUGCAUGGUGGAGAGACAGAGACCCAAAGCCCCGGAACAGUUACUGCGACUCGGAGAUCCAGCUAUUAUAGAGUCCCUCUUGCAACAAUUCAAUGCGGGCGAGGCGGAUUUCAAACCAGGAGUGAAAUGGCAGGACGUUCUCUUCAACAUUGCCGGCGUAAUGCACGAGGUCUUGGUAGCCUGGGAACACGGGGCUUUAGUCGCGUCGGACGUGAAACGGAUCUUAGACGCGGUCAGAGGGAAAAUGUGUUGCCUUCCCCUUGCCGCUGCGGCGUGGCUGUGCGCCUACAUGCGGACGGCCCCGCAAGACACUCUACUGAAGCCUAUCAAUAUGGUCCAACAGCUGCUGGCCACUUCGGUGACGGAAGACGACAGUUUGAGGGACAGAUGGCAGCUGACUUGCGAGAUUAUAAGGAAAAUGCAACGGGACGUUCAAUUACCUUUGCCGACGAAAAGCACACAUCAUUUGGUGUCCCGGCAACCGGCUACGGAGCAGCUGCACUCGGCUUGGAGCAAGGGAAUACUUCGCGGGUGGUUAGAUCACACAUCGGCGAGAACUCUGCAUUGUCUCUUGGAUACGGCCGGGCCUAGAUGGCUAGUUUCCGCCGUUAUACAGGAACUCUUGAAACUGAAGUACAAGGAUCAGUUGCAGAGGGGCGUGGACCUGGCGCUGGCUAUUUUCCAUGUUGAUAUUAGGGGGUGCACUUUGCAGCUGCUGUCCCACGUUUUGCCCCAGUUACUUUAUAAUGAUCUGCAGGCUGAUUCACUGAUGGAACCGCAGCUGCCUGCUUUGGCAAAUCUUACCAGUUACUGCGUUUACACCGCGUGGGAUGCGCUUCCGGAGGAUGCCGAUGCCGAACCUGUGGCUAAGGUUCCUCGUCUUUGCGAUUCGAUGGAGGAGAUGAAACCGCUAGAAAAGCUGAUUUCCUCGUUGCGCCAGCUCCUGAACAUGUUCGAAGGGGGUAUACAGGAGGGUUCUAUCACUCAGCAAACAUAUUUCGCUUUCUAUCUUGUCAAGUCUCUCGUCGAAGUGAAAAUUAACUCUGCCAACAUGGUACUAGCAGCGAUACCACCCGCUCUCAUAUCGGAUUUACUGAAAACCCUGCCGGAAUUGUUCAGUUACCCCCUUCUGUUGCACCUGCACGAUGUGUAUACCACUUCCGGAAGGAUCAACAUGGCGAAAGAUUUGUGCGUUUUGAGGAAUUAUCGCCUCAAGAACGCGCCUAGUAUUGAUAAUAAUAAUUCAGUUUAGUGGAUUAUAUAGUUUGUAGGAUUUUAUUUAUUAAAAUGUUAACAAAUAUCUUUAAAUAUUUUUGGAUUUACUUCAGUGGUAAAAAUCACUCUGU